AUGCACCCUCUGCUCGCCGCGCGGCAGACGGUGGCCGAGCUCUUCAAUGCGGCUCCUCUGGGGGACGGCGAUCACGUUGGAUACUUGAACUGGUCCCAUGACCUGGUCAAGGCGAUCCAAUCUGCCGCUUCACAUGGUGCUUCCGAGAGUGAAGUCGAAGGCUACGUCGAUCAUUCUUUUGAUCUCGUAUAUCCGUAUCUCCCGCUGGACGUCGAAGACUGGCCUGACUGGAGCAAACCGGCGUUCGUCCAGGCUCGUCUACGCAUGCUCAAGCAAAGGGAAGCAGAUAUGCUCCAAGCAUCUAUCUCCAGAGCCCCUCACUCUUCUGAGUCGGCUGCGGCUGAAACCACCCUCACUCAGCCGAGUGUCCAACCGGUUGCGUCGACUUCGCCCGAGGGUCCAUUUGCCGCAGGUCCUUCCCACCCGUUCUCCCGGCCCGCGCAGUCAGAUCUUACAGACUCGCCGCAUCCAUCACACCAGAGGGAUGUACCCGAAGCUCCCCAGGGCCACGAACCUGUUGCUCCACCGCUCUCGUCGCUCAUGGACGACCAGUCCCUGAAACGCAAGCUCGAAGACGCUGGAGUCUCGCAGCGGCAAGACAAGCGUGCAAAGCCUGUUAUCACUGCGAUGCCGCCGCAUCCGUGUUCCAUGCUUCCUCGCAGUUAA